AUGGCAACAAACCAAGAACGCCUCGUCGAAAUUAUUGCGAAACAACUCGGUGUUGACGAAGAUAAUGUUACCGCAGAUGCCUCCUUCAUGGAAGACUUGGGUGCUGACUCACUUGAUACUGUUGAAUUGGUCAUGGCACUUGAAGAGGAAUUCGACAUUGAGAUCCCCGAUAGUGAUGCGGAGAAAAUUCAGACCGUUCAAGAUGCCCUGAGUUACCUUGACGAACAUGUAUAG